AUGGCUACGAUGACUGGUCAGGGCCAGGAGUCUACCGAGAAGUCGUUGCCCGCCAGGAGUAAAUUGGACCUUGAUGAAUAUAUAUUCGCUGGCAAAGAUGGACCAAAAAUCGUACCCGAGUCAGAUCUAAGGGCACUUACUCAAGGGCCCCUGAAACGUCUGAUAUUAAACCCGGAGAACUACGAAAAGUCACUUUCGCUGUGGAAUUGCCUCUUCCACACGUUUGAGGAUACGCUUCUCCCCAUCCCACACGGGGCUGCAGCGUGCAAUGCCUUGUGCGCAUUUCUCGAGGCUGCGUUGACAACUGGAGACUCUGAGAUUUGCCAAUUUGCUCGAUCUGAGGCAACAUGGCUGUCCGUUUUUGGAGUAUACCUUGAACGGUUCGAAUUCAGCCCGCCAAAGCCUAUGAAGCAGAUAUUAGCCACCCUUACGAAUAUUCUGGCCACGCAUCCUGACCCAGCCAUCACAAGCUCUAUUCGCUCUUACUUGACGAAGUCUGUGGUCCAAACUAUCAUACUCGCCGAACCCCUGACGAGGCUCAAGGCAUCGGUCGUCUCGCUUCAUUUCCUUAUUCGCAAGGAUGCAUUUCCAGCUGUAGACCUAAUGUCUCGGUUACAGGACUGGCUGCGACUUAACUUGAACAGCUGGAUACCAGUUGUAGGAGCGCAUUGUACCAAUAUUGGUCUGGAUAUAUCCGCUACUUUUGCUGGAAGUGACACGGAUAGAGCUUCAAUUCAUGGGGACGAGCUGGGGAUGAUAACCGCACAGGUUUUCUGCCUAGUCCUCUUGUUACAUUUGCAAAACCCGAAUGUAGUGACCUCGUCGGGCGCCCUUCUCGCUCAGAUAUGCUUUAAACUGAAAAGGGAGUUUGAAGAUGGCCGGUUCCAGUAUUCAACGCCAGACAAGCAUGUUCCGUUCUGGACAGCUCCUUUGAAAUACUUGUCGUUGCAAAACUUAGAUAAUCUCGAUGCAACGAUAAGUCUUGCUUUUCAUUUAUUAUUCAAGGGUCGACCAGCAGAGUUUCAGUCGUUCCUAGAUGUCUUGCCCCUCCAAGACCUUCUGUCUGAGCACUAUAAUGAUACAUGCACCCCUGAGUUUGACCUACUCAUUGCUGUCCUUGAAACAGGGAAGGAGUUGGGACUCGUGCACGAAGAUCAAGCUCCAACUACCUCAUCUACCGACAAACCCUUGGUCCUUGAAAGCCGAAAGUUAGGCCCCCUAUUAAUUCACUCGAAUGCCAAAAUUCGAAUACCGGUGCUCUCCCUGUUAAUAUCUGCGCCAUCCACUACAAAACCAUUUUCUCCCGAUGCCUUACUUCUCUUCAAAGAAACGUUUCCUUUUAUUCAUGCUGAGGCAGAUGCCCAUGUCCGUAGCGAGCUUGUGAGCUUGAUACGGAAACUCACUGUUAGGCUCAGGGGCGGUGCCUCCCCACGCCAAUCAGCAACAACUGGAGUAAAUGCUACUGAUAAAUCUUCUCAAUAUCAUGAUGCCAAAGCAUUUGUAUCUUGGUAUAUAGACUUCCUUGAGUCAGAACUCAGGCCGAGUGCUUCGUACCAGACGCACAUCCUCGCGUUAAAGGCACUGGCCACUGUUAUCCAGUCCGGACUUGACCCAAGGAUUGACCAAGCUAAUCUGUCAAAAAUUGGAAACGACCAGAGGAAUUGGCCCUUUUCGAUUGACAUAUUUACUUCUAGUCUUUUCAGAGCACUGGGGGAUCUACUAAUCAACCCCUAUGAAGAAAUCCGGAUGACUUCGCUGUCAAUCCUUGGACUAUUCCCCAGGGCAUCCAUCAGGCCCCAACCACAGGCUGACUCUGAAACAGAUAUGAAUAAUGCCACCGUUCGCCAUCCAUACCGUCAACUCCUAGAAGCUUUGUCGAGAGUUGAGGAUAUGGCUGGCCGAACAAGCAGAGCCGAUCAUGCCGAUGGCCUUGCCCGCAUUUAUCAUCUCCUAUUUGACCUCGCCGCGGAUGGGCGGAGCUGUGAUAAAAAAAUGAGCAGUUACCAUUAUAAGUAUGGUAUAGUGGACUUGCUUCUUUCUAAGCUUGAAAAGGUCACUUCCCUAUCGGACAUAGUAGCUUUGCGCAAUACCCCUAUUCAUGGCCAUCUUUCCGCACUAAGAUACAUAACGGCAACCCCUAAUUUCUAUUCCCUUAUCUCAUCUGAAAAUGAUUCUAGACCUGCUUGGAAAGAUGCCCUAGAACGUAUCCUGCUCCUCUGUGAAGCAAUGUGGUCCGAUGUUCAAGCGGUUUUGUGUGUGGACUCGCCGGAGAGGGAACAUGGAAACUCUGCAGAUGACCUGUUAGGUCCAAAAGAUAUCCUGUCAUGCUGUUGGCGUGCUCUACGCGAAUCCAGUUUACUACUAAAUGCUAUAUUGUCCAAUAUAUCCUUUGCGCCCUCUGGAUACGAGGAGGGACUAAGUUAUGAGGAAUUUUCCAGAGUCGGCAACCUCACCUUCUCUCAACUUGCGGAACUACGCCAUCGUGGGGCGUUCAGCGCGGUAUCCCAAACCUACGCCUCUUGCUGUCAAAGAUGUAGCCUGUCGAAGUGCAAGGAUAUCGCCGGUCUCCCUGAGACUUGGUUCAAGGAAAUCCUGAAUACAAUUCACGGCCAAUCAUCGAAGCUUACCCGUCGGUCAGCAGGACUACCUGCAUUAGCCCUCGGUGUAGCUUCAUCUGCAAAACUUCCUUUCUUUCAUGAGAUCAUGGAAAAUCUUCAAGGCAUUGCGAAAGUCACGCCUACAUCUAAGUCGGAGCAGUCGGACAUGAGACUCCCGCAGGUACAUGCUAUGAAUUGUUUAAAAGACAUAUUCACUGCGACGAACCUCGCCAAUGUCACGGAGGGAUACUUGAUGCCAGCAUUAAGUAUCUCAGCUGAGUGCCUCGGCUCUGAAAUAUGGGCAAUUCGUAAUUGUGGCCUAAUGCUAUUUCGAUCGUUGGUUCAGCGAAUGUGUCGCCGCACCAAUGGAGUGAGCCAUGGAUUUGGCCUAUCCACCGACCCUGAGCCAAAGCAACUCAUCCCUUUCCAAAGAUUCCCUGGGUUAAUCCCGCUACUUGCUGGCCUUCUCGAAAAGGGAGCUCCAAAUGCAGUUGCGCCUACAUCAGAUCGAUCCUUGUCGUGGGAAUUAUCAAUUAUCACUGAACGUGUUUUCCCGGCUUUAGAACUUAUUGGAAAUAAGUUCCCUUCUCCUUCCUCUAGCGAGGACCAACGCAUUCUUGAAUUAAUUGCAUGGCAGUUUGAAAGCCCUGCAUGGGGAGUUCGUGACCAUGCCGCAAGAACAUAUGCCACCCUCAUCGAGAGGGACGAUAUUCUCUCAGCCGCUCUUGAGCUGUCUAUGGUCGACUCACCCAUGUUGGACCAAAAUAUAUUUAUCAACUUCGAACGACAUGUGUCAUCGCCCUUAACCCUCAGAGAACUGGUUGAGAUACUUAACUAUCUCCUACAAUGUGGGAUCGCAAAGGGGGUUGAAGGUCAGAUAGCCUGGACGCAUUUGUUACGGUCACCUGCUAAUCCUUUUUUUGUGCCAGAUCCCGUUAUUGACCACUUCGAUGCAAUUUCUCGAGUUCUUAAUCUCGAUAGGAUUUUCGAUAACGUCACUUCCAACUCAGACCCUAACUCAUCAACCGCUAGAUCAUCUUCCCUUCUAUUGGAAAGUAUUACUUUUAGCUAUCUGACGAUGGGAGUUCUCCUUGGCUCAUCCUUGGAAGAGCUAGCUGAAUUCAUCCGGACGGUUUCGGAUGUCGAUGUCGACGUUAUUCCGUCCGGUUUGAAGCGUUUCCAUCAAGUAUUUGUUGGCCAUUCAUACUCCCGUCGCGAUCGAUUAAAUCUGUAUUGCAGCAUUAUUACCGAGGCUCCUUCCAAGCAAGCGAAACUAGUCGCGAUCUCCAGCCUUUCGACAGAGCUUGAAGAAAUCCAGGAAUCAACGGACAAGUAUCCUCGAUCUCUAGACGAAUUUGGUUUUUUGCAACCAUGGCUUCCUUCCUUCAACGUUUUAGAAGAAGAGGAAGAGCCUCUCUGGGAUCGUGAAAUGGUUGAUGCUUCCGUUCGUCUCCAAGGGUGCCUGAUCUCACUAAACAUUAGAUGUACUCCCAAAAUUCUGGACUCAGACUCAACAUUUGCGGCGAGUUUCAAGAGGCUGAUCCGACAGCUAUCAUUUUCUAUGCGCGAUGAAACAUUCCCUGCAACCCCAAUCCUCGUCGAUGUUCUUUUUGUGCUAUACGACAUGCUCAAUGAUGACGACGUUGAACUCAGAGAGGAGGCUACCCUCAUCGCCGCCCAAGUCCUAGCGGAUCAAUCGAUGGUUUUCAGGUUACCUGCUGCUGCUGCCGCAGGUAUCACGGACAUUCUUGCGAAUCACUUCCAUGGUUCGGUUCAAUCGUUCGAGGAAGGUCUUAAACGCUUUCUUGGACCUUCUAGCAGAAAACAUUUAUUUGUUUCCGCUGCUGAAACGCUAAACAAAGCCAUCAAAGAAUCCGCCGUAUUGUUUGCGGAAGAGAAACAAAACCUCUAUAUUGAUGAUGUUAGAGAGAUCAAGAUAUGGGCUGAACACCUCAUUCAGCUCAACAAUGAGGCUAUAGAUAUUUGUCUUUACAACCAGUUCAACUUAUGGGUUAUGGAUGGGCUGGAUGCCCUGUAUGAGAUAGCGACAACACAGCCCAAGGACUCACUCCUGGGCUGGACAUCAAAUGUAGAUGUCUUUGUGACUGGGCUUCGCAUACUCUAUGGCGCAAAAGUGCUUUUACUCACACACAGAGACAUCUCGACUGGUGUCAAUCUUAUAGCACUCCGUGAAAAGCUGCAAUGUCUUCUAGCCAGCACAACAAAUUCAGAAUUAAACCCUCCUUGGGUCUCUCUUCUAGAGAGCCUGAAUAGCUGA